GAUGAUUACAGGCCCAACUUUCACUACAGCAGAGUUUCUUCUUCGGCCCAGUUUUACGGCACUCUGUCUUCUCUGCGAACUUCUCCGUCCCGUUUCUUCGGCGAACUCCUCGCGAUCUCUUCUCGUAAUCGAGUUGAAUUUAGGGAUCCGAAAAAUGGCAAGCACAGCAUGUUUUAUGAUUGUAAGCAGGAAUGAUAUCCCUAUCUACGAAGCUGAAGUUGGCACUGCUCCAAAGAAAGAAGAUGCUGCUCAUCAGCACCAGUUUAUAUUACAUGCAGCAUUGGAUAUUGUCCAGGACCUUGCAUGGACUACAAGUGCUAUGUUCUUGAAAUCAAUUGACAGAUUCAAUGAUUUGGUGGUUUCUGUUUAUGUCACUGCUGGUCAUACGCGAUUGAUGCUGCUUCACGACUCUCGCAAUGAUGAUGGGAUCAAAAGCUUCUUCCAGGAGGUCCAUGAACUAUAUAUAAAGAUACUUUUGAAUCCUCUCUAUUUGCCAGGAUCUCGCAUCACAUCAUCUCACUUCGAUACUAAAGUUAGAGCCCUUGCCAGAAAGUAUCUCUGAGCCAAACUACGGACCAAAGUUAAACAAGAAUCAUAUGCAUUCAAAGUUCAUUCCUUGUAAAAUUCAUUCGCUAUUGAUGACUGGUUAUUGUGUUUGGAGUGACCAUAUUUCUCGUGGUAAAUGAUAAGUUGACUAGUGGACCUUCUCAUAUUAUAUAACCGCAGCAAGUAGUGAUAAA